AUGUGUACAACCCGUGUGUUAGCAUCGCCCACUGAACUGUGCCAAUCAAAUGGAAUUCGUCUAAUAAAUAAGAGAAAUCAAAAGCAACCACUAAUAGAAAUUUUAUCGUCUGUUGAUUUUGAUGCUCUUCGAUUCCUUAGACAAAAUACGUUUUUACAAUUUCCUGAACAAAGAUUUAUUCAAUAUGAUUGUGGUAAAUUACAAACACUUGAUUUACUUUUAUCGGAUUUAAAACGCAAUAAACAUCGUUGUGUAUUAUUUACACAAAUGACGAAAAUGCUUGAUAUUGUUGAAUUAUUUUUAAAUUAUCAUGGCUAUACAUAUUUACGAUUAGAUAGUACAACAGAUGUUAUUCAACGGCGAAGCCUAAUAGAACGUUUUAAUUGUGAUGAAAAAAUAUUUGUUUUUAUAUUAUCAACACGUGCUGGAGGAAUAGAUAUUAAUUUAACCGGUGCUGAUACUGUGAUUUUUUAUGAUUCAGAUUGGAAUCCUACAAUAGAUGCGCAAGCACAAAAUCGAUGUCAUCAAAUUAGAAAUAGCAAAGACGUAAACAUCUAUCGAUUUGUUAGUAAGAAUACAAUUGAAGAAAAUAUUUUGAAAAAAGCAAAUGAAAAGCGUUUUCUCGGUGAUUCAACAAUUCAUGGUGGUCGUUUGGAUGUAAAUUAUUUCAAAAAGAGUAAUAUUCUUGAAUUAUUUGAUCAAUCACUAAAGACAGAAGAUAUAUCACUUGGGCGAAAUGAAAAUCAAGAAAAACUAGCAUCCAAUUGUUCAACAACUGCAACAGAUUGUAAUUUAACAUUGAAACAAUUUGAAGAAGCUCUUGCUUCAGUUGAAGAUGAAAUUGAUUGUCAAGCUGUAAAACAAUUGAAUGAAGAAAUUAAAACUGAACUGGAUGAAUUCAAUGAAGAUGAAGAUGAAUUAAUUGAAAAACAACGAAUGAAUAAACUUAAUAAAGAAUUAAAUACAUUUGAUGAACAACUUCUACCAAUCGAAAGAUAUGCUUUACGUUGUAUUGAAUCGUAUCGUCCUGACUUUCAAAUUUCUCAAACUGGUUCAAAUUUUUAUAUUGAUGCGGAUCAACUUCGAAAAGAUUGGCAGGAAUCACGUCUACAAAUAUUGAAAGAAAAAGAAGAAAAACUACUGGAACAAGAAGAUGAUACUAUGAUCUAUACAUAUGCACGAGACACUGAAAGAAAGAUUUGGAUUACAGAAGACGGUCAAGCAUUUGAGGUAUGGUCUGGUAUUUUGAUGAAAUGCACCAAAGAUGAAUUCGAAGAAAUGUAUAAUGAUGAUGAACUUGAUUGUGGUUAUGAAUCAGAAGCAAUGAUUAUUGAACCAGAAGAAUAUAUUCGUUUUCCGCUGCCGAAAGCACUUAUGGAUACGACAAAUACGUCAAAAUCAGAUACAAAUAUUCUUGUGCCACGUUCAUUAUUCGAUCGAUCAAAUCUAUUACUUAACACUCAAUCAUCAUCAUUAUCAACUAAUAUGUUCAAUAAAUCAAAACAAAUACCCAAUAAUAAUAAUAAUAAUAAUACAAAACUCUUCCCAACCACUAUUCCAACAUCAACUACACCUCAGCCAAAUCUCAAAGCUCGUCAAUUAUAUGUUAAUAAUGGUACAAUAACUACGCCACUUCCUAAUUCUUCGAAUACAAAUGUUAUUGUCCCAGCAUCAACACCAACAUCCUCACGUCCUAUUAAAUUAGAAGAUAUGCUUUCAAAAGAUAAUCUACAAGGUUUACUUGAAAUAGAUAAUAGCGAUUGGCUUAUAUCCGAAGAUUUUAAAGUAUUGGAUACUAUUCAAAAUAUACAGCAACUCCCAUUGACAUCUAUGUCAUUUUCAAGUACAGCAAAUGCAAAUAAACCUCAAUGCAUGUUAUCGAAUUCAUCUUUAUCAGCAUCACCAUUACUACCAUCUUCAACCGCGACAGCAACAACGGCAUCAUCGCCAUCAUCAUCAAUUGUUAAUAAUACAACAAAUGCAUUAACACAAAAUUGGGACUUCAUUUCCGAUAUUGUCAAUCGUUAUUCACGUGUAUUACGCACACCAAAACAAUGUAAACAUCGUUUUGAACAAGUUAUUGGACCACGAGAAGAAGGUCGCGUUGUUUAUGAUUUAAUUAAAAAGAAGAAACAUGUUAUUAAAGGAACUGUAAAGAUGUCCGAUGAUAAUUGGCAAAUGUUACGUACAAAUCAAUUAUUUGUUCAUGAUAAUUGUCAAAAAUUAUUACAAAUCUAUAAUCAAAAAUUUGAUACUAUUUCACAAUUCGAACACCAAUUAUCACCAAUGAUUUAUUUAAAUAAAUUUAAACAAAUACAACUAGCGCAAGCUGCACACCAUCAAACACGAGGUUUAAAAAUAGGUUCACUUUUACAAGAAAAUAAUAUUAAUCUUGACAUACCUUUAACACCAAGUGAUGUUGCAUAUCAACGAUCAGAACGAGAGAAAGAAUUAAAACUACAACAGCAACAACAACAAUUACAACAACAACAGCAGCAGCAGCAGCAACAACAACAACAACAGCAACAACAACAACAACAACAACAACAACAACAACAACUACAACAAACACCACAACCACAACAAACCGUUACUGGAAAUAUUCAUUCACAACAACAACAACAACAACAGCAGCAAAUUUCAGUAACACAAAAUAAUAUUGAUACUAUUAAACAACAAACACCUCCUCCCAAUUCAGGAUUGAUAUCAACGAAUAAUACUCGAGUACGACCGUCUGCAUUAAAUACCACACCAACACCAAUCAAUUCUUCUUCGCCUUCUCUCUCACUUAUUUCAUCUUCUUCACCAACAAAUUCUUCUACAAUCCAACGAUCUAUUUCGAGUAAUAUUAUUGUAGCAAGUAACAAUCAUCCAAAUAUGAAUCCAGCUCGUUCUCAAAGUAAUAUUGUACAGUCGCGAACUAAUACAACAUCUUCAUCAGCAACAUCAAUUAAUCAAAUUCCUGCAUCCAAUCAACCAUCUAUUUCAACAACUACUAUUUUACCUGGACAGCGACCAGUACAAGUUUUACCACCGAAUAACAACUUGAUAAAUGAAACAAAUACAUUACAACAAAAACAAGUUGGAACAGUGCAAAUUUCAUCAACUGAUUAUCGUCAUGUACGAGCUGUUCAUCAACAGCACCAAACUGCAACAGCAAAUACAUCAUCAGCAUCCACUAAUAUUCAAGUUCGACCACCAAAUUAUCAACGAAGUCAAAGUCAAACGACACCAUUAGCUACUCUUGAAGUUCGUUCACAGCCUCCACCAUCUCCAAAAUCUCAACAGCAACAACCACAAACAGCAACACGACCAUCAGCAACACCAACAAAUCAACGCACGCCCUCGUUAACACACGCGCAAGUUGAUUGUCUUAUCCAAUCACAAGCGAAACAUUCUCAAUCAUCAAAUCCUUCAUCAUCUCUUCCGGUUGCUGUUGUUCGCUCAGUACAAAGUCCAUCAACUUCUAUUACUCCAACGUCACCAUUAAAUCUUCCUUCUUUAAAUGUAACAUUACCUCAAAAUAAAUUAACAACAAAUACAACAACAGCAACAGCAACAACAACAACAACGACGACGAUGACUUCAAAUAAUCCUGCUCAGCAAUUACGAACUGCAGCUGCGUUUUUAUCAAAUCAAACGCAAACAUCAUCUUCAGUUCAACAGACUACACAGCAAAUUCGGCAAAUAUUUACAAAUGCUAAUAACAAUUCACUUCAAACACAACAAACAGCAAAUACACAAAGGUUAACUGAAGCUGCUCAACGUUCACAAAAUAAUAUUCAACAACUACUUGCUUCUCGUACAGCGUCUCUUCCUGGUCAAGUGCGAAAUGUUCGCAUUCUUACAUUUACACCUGGAACAAAUCCCACGACAGGCGUUGCUGAUACAACAACGACGACAACAACAACAACAAAUACUCAACAGACACCAAUACAAUCAACUAAUAUAACUUAUAAUCGUACUAAUUCCUCCGCAGCAUCAUUUCCACGUUCAACAAUAAAUAUUGAUCAAGAUAUUUCAUCUGAUAUAGCUGCACACGUACAUCGCAUUAAAUCAUUUAAUGUAACAAACACGGAUCCAAAUGACCCUACACCAACGCCACGUGCUGUACUGGUACCAGCACGAACAAUACCAGGCGCAUCGGCAUCAUCCAUUGGUCCAACAUCAAAAAUAAAAUCAUCAUCAAUUAUGGAUCCAGCUACACUUGGUUUUACGGCAAAAACAUCUCAAGCGAACAUUGUAUUUCAAUUACCAUCAACAACAGCAACUGGAAGUGAUGAACAAUCAACAACGCAUUCAUCUAGUUUAACGCGACAAAAUUUACUUCAGCAUUUAAAUUUAAUAUCAUCAAGUAUGAAUCAACGUGCACAAUCGCCUACAACCAUUUCAAAUGCAACAAAUUCAAUCACUGUCAAUCGUCUUCUUCAACAAUAUCAUAUUCGUGCUGCAGCUACACUUAAUUCUUCAACAUCAACAACACAAAUGUCCUCGGGACAAAUGAAUAAUGAACAAAUAUCAUCUUCAUCGCCUACUGCACCACCACAACCACCAUCAUCAUCAUCUUCUCCUUCAACAACUUGA